AACAACAAAUUCGAAUCAAUUUCGAACCAAAAAUCAGAAAUUCGAGGUUAGGGUUUCUGGGUUAUUUAGCUUUGAGUUAUAUUGUAGCAGUUCUGAACUUUCUCCUCCAUUGAAACAACUUCUGAGGUAAUGUUUUUUAAUCAAUGAAUAUCAAUUUCGCUAAUUAUUUGUGUUAGUAUAGUUAAUCUAGGGUUUUACCAUAGCUAAAAUUGUGCUAUUGGCUUGUUUAUUUAGGGUUUUCAGAUGUAAUCGCCUUCAAUUGAUUACUCGAAUGUUAUUACUCGAUUACUCAUUACUGCUCUAUUUUCUUCUGCCCGAAUUGCUUACAAUUGAUACGAAUUGUUGGAUUAUCUCUUCUGCUCGAUUAUCUGUUGAGUAAUCACCUAAAUCGAAAGUUUUAGGUAUCAAUUUUAUUAUUAUAUGUUGAGUUUUUGUUAAAACUGGAGAAAUUAUGUGUUAAUUUGUUGAUUUCUUGCGAUUUGUAUGUCACUUUCAGUUUUGCAUGUUACAUAUUGCGAAAUUCUUUGCAUAUUAAAUUCUUAGUUGUAUUCUUUGAUUGAAGUAGUAUUAGUAUUAUGAAUUGAUUUAUUGAACAGAUAAAGUUAUAAUUUUUCAAAAUAGUUAUGUAUUUUGGAUUGGCUUAAAAGAGAUAGUACAUUGACAUUUAUAUAGGUAUCCUCCAUAAACCUUUAUCAUGUUUCAAUGAUGUACUCCUAGCUAGUUAUUGUUAUUGAAGGCAUCCAUUUUGCUUUUAAACCACCUUAACUGUAAUUCAGGAGUUUAGAUUAUCAGAUCUACCUCCAGUACUUUUGUUGAAUCCUCGACACUUCAACACGAAUAUGAACACUUCUUGAGUACUUGACACUUCAAUUUGGACAGAAUAUGUGGAAAGAGCUUUGGUUAAGUAUCUAAGCCUGACACUUAGUAAGUACUCACAUCCAAUAUAACAAAGCAAUUGCCACAAAAAAGAAAGAAACAACGAAUGCGUUUUAGAGUUUUUCAUCAAUAAUAAUACCUGCUUGUACAUCGAGGGUUGAGACUGAUACGAUAGGGUGGUUAUCAUCUCUCCUUCUUCUCUUCCCAUCACCAAGUUCUUCUUGAAUAUCUUCCUCUCAAUAAAUUCUCUACCAGAUAGGUCAGUAAUACACUUUCCGCCAGGAUAUGAUAUUUCUUUCUUACACAACUUUCUUCCAUAAAAAACAGAAACCUUAAACUGAGAAUUGCCUAUGUACUUGAAAGUCAGGAUGUCCUUUUCUUGUAAGGAAUAAGCAUUGAUAAAUUCUCUCCAGCCAUCUCCUAGAAGAAGCAUGCUAGUAUCAUGAUUUGUCGUGAGUUUGCAUUGUGCUUUAGUUUUUAUUGAUUACAAUUUUAAUAUACUCCAUGUCUUGAAUUUUUUUUAUCUUUGGAUAGCAAUCAUCUCUUGGAUUGGGUGUCAAAUUGUAGUCAGAGUACUAUCCAGCUACUUGCUGAGCUUUCAAUGAUGAACUUAUUUGUAAUUUACAAACUAGAUUUGCAAAAAUUGCCAUUUUGAUGUGGUGCUUCUACAGUGUUCUGUGUCCAUCUCUCUCUCUCCCCUAGUCUAGAGCAUUUGUGGGUGUUAGAUCCAGUUAUUGACUUAUAAAUGGUUUUCCUUCUCGACUGCAAAUUAUGUCAUGGAAGAGGUUAAGAAAGUUGGCUUUACUGAACCCACUGCUAUUCAAGCUCAAGGAUGGCCUAUGGCCCUAAAGGGUCGUGAUCUUAUUGGUCUUGCUGAAACAGGAUCAGGGAAAACACUUGCCUACUUGCUACCUGCUAUUGUACAUGUCAAUGCUCAGCCAAUUUUAUAAUUUUGUUAAUAAAGAUUUUAAAUCUUGUCUACCUAUCACUGGUCAAAGUUUUGAUGAGUAUGAUGGGUUUGUAUGAUACUGCCUACUGGCUGUCAUGGCUAGCUUGGGAGGGACUUCUUGUUGUUGUUUCAUCAGUUUUCAUCGUACUAUUUGGGACGAUGUUUCAGUUUGAUUUUUUCUUGCACAACAAUUUUGCGAUCUUAUUCCUUGUGUUCUUUCUUUUCCAAUUGAACAUGACUGUCUUUGCAUUUGCGCUAUCAGCCUUCAUUAGCCGGUCAUCUUCAGCUACAAACAUAGGAUUUUACAACUUUAUUAUUGGCUUAAUCACCCAGAUUGUGACAGCAUUUGGAUUCCCAUAUAGUAAAAUGUUCUCUCAAACAUACAGAGUCUUAUGGUCCUUCUACCCUCCAAAUUUGCUAGCCGAGGGUAUUCAGAUGCUCACAGAUGCAACUAGUACACCUCAAGACCCUAGAAUGAGCUGGAAGGUGUUAGGGUUUACAAUGCAAUUCUACACAACAAGAAUUACUUAACAAUGGUGGACAAACCCUAGAAUGUGUAUAAAUUUCAAUGAAACAUACAACACCAAAUACUUCAAGUAGUAUUACAAACCAAGCACUAAAUUAACAAUGUACUCCAGAAAUUACAACAAAAUAACACUAAUGUGAAAGGUUCUUAAACUUGCCUCA